ACUAAAGUAUACGAUGCAGAGACUUAUUGUGCAUGCGCUUAAAGAAAAAGAUGGCUUCCUUUUAGGAAUUGUAAUCAAAGUGAAAGCGAAUAUGCCACCAAAGCAAACACAAAAAAAACUGAGCAAAGCCAAAGAGAAGAAACUUAAGAGGAAACAAGAGCAAGCUGAAAUUGCUUUGCUAUUAAAAAAGAUCAAGUCUGCAAACGAAGUUGAGGAUUAUAUGGUACACUUUGCUCCUUUUAAGACUUACUCACAAAAUGGUUUAAAUGCAAAGAUUAGCUAUGGGAGUCCUGCCAACACCAGUCCUGAUGAUCUUCAGUGGAUGUUUCAGCUACUGAAAGAUAACAUGGAAGAAAUAUAUCGCUCAAAUGAUUUUCGUUGGAAAGAUAGGGAAAAGUUUGAAGAGCUUUCGCAUGAGUCAUCUCGUUAUCUGAUUGCCCGUGAUGCUAUAUCUGAGAAACCAUUGGGAUUUGUUAGUCUACGUUUUGAUCUGGAUGAUGAUGUUGAUGUUGUUUACUGCUAUGAGAUACAGCUAUCGGUAGAUGCAAGGAGAAAAGGUCUUGGUAAGUUCUUGAUGCAGUUGCUAGAAUUGAUUGGACAUAAAGCGAACAUGACAAAGAUAGUGCUGACAGUAUUUAAGGACAAUCUAGCAUCAAAUCAUUUCUUUCGUGAAAAAUUAAGAUACAAAGAGGACGACACGUCUCCAUUGUUCUUUGACCCAAUGAAUCCAGAUGAUUACACUUACUCAAUCAUCAGCAAAGAAUUGCUUCUGGGUGGCGGGAAAGUGGACAAACAGAUUAAGAAAACAGCUGCUCCUGAGACUGUACUCACUAACACUACAAACACUACAAACACUAAUUGAUUUUAGAAUAACAUUAUUAGCUUUCAGACUAAGCCCA